UUGCUUUUACCUUGACGUCAUCGUUUCUUCCAGAGGAGCCUGAGAGCAUCAGAGACCUGCAUCUGGACCGACUCAUCUGGACCGGAACAGACGGACCGACAGACGGACGGCAGACAGACAGGUGCCCGUCUCACAUCAGCAUCCCCCUCGACCGUUGCGCCGCGCCGUGCCGUGCCGUGCCGGGACCGAGGGGGGGGGGGGCAGCAUGGCGGAGGAGACGCGAGUCAUCUACCACCUGGAGGACCAGGAGACCCCCUACCUGAUCCGGAUCAACGUACCCGCGCAGCGCGUCACACUAGCGGACUUCAAACACGUCCUCAACAAACCGAACGUCAAAUUCUUCUUCAAGUCCGUGGACGACGAGAUUGGGGUGGUUAAAGAAGAGAUCAGUGAUGAAGAUGCCAUCCUUCCCUUUGUGAACGGACGAGUCGUCUGCUGGUUGGUGUCUUCAGACACCUGUCAGUUAGAUUUCAGGGGGUCGGAUCUUCAGUCUAUAGCCACGCCCACCAGCCUGGCCCCGCCCCCCAUAGAAAGGACAGGUGUGAUAGGAGACUCCAGACCUCCGUCCUUCCAUGCUGCUGCUGUGAGUCAAGAUGAGCUUCAGGGGUCAGAGUUCAAACCCGUCGCUUCGCCCCCUGAGAGAGAAGAGCGAGGCCACGCCCACCAAAGACCGGCUGAUCAAACUGGGCCUGGGCCUAUGGCCGUAGGUGACAGGCCAUCAACCCAACCGAGCAGCCAAUUAGAGACCAGCAGCUUUUGCUCCUCUGAGGAAGACUCAGGAGGAAGGUUCAGCCAAUCAACAGGUCAGAGCAGCUCAUCUCCCAAACUCAUCAGAACACAACGACGACGCCACAAGAAACCCAAAACACCACAACGGAUGGAGAAGUCUGUGUCUUUCAGUAGUGUCACUGACUCCACCAUGUCACUCAACGUCGUCACUGUAACUCUGAACAUGGAGAGGUAUAACUUCCUGGGUAUCAGUAUUGUUGGUCAGAGUAACGAGCGAGGAGACGGAGGUAUUUAUAUCGGCUCCAUCAUGAAGGGUGGAGCUGUGGCAUCAGAUGGACGCAUCGAGCCUGGAGACAUGCUGCUGCAGGUGAACAACAUCAACUUUGAGAACAUGAGCAACGAUGACGCUGUUAGAGUCCUGAGAGAGAUCGUCCACAAGCCUGGUCCCGUGACGCUGACGGUGGCGAAGUGCUGGGAUCCGAGUCCUCGUGGUUGCUUCAGUCUUCCGAGGAGCGAGCCGGUCCGUCCGAUCGACCCGGCCGCCUGGGUGUCUCACACAGCCGCCAUGACGGGGAGGCUCCCCCCCCACUACGGCGUACACGAGGAGAACCACCUGACCAUCCACAGCGAGAUGACAGCCGUUGUGAAGGCAAUGGCCAACCCGGAGUCCGGUUUGGAGGUUCGGGACCGGAUGUGGCUGAAGAUCACCAUCCCCAACGCCUUCAUAGGUUCUGACGUGGUGGACUGGCUCCACCGGAGCCUCGAAGGAUUCACCGACCGCCGAGAGGCUCGCAAGUACGCCGGGAACCUCCUGAAAGCCGGCUUCAUCCGGCAUACCGUCAACAAGGUGACCUUCUCCGAGCAGUGUUACUACGUCUUCAGGGACCUGUGUGGAGAUUUGUGUGAGAUGACUGUUCUGGAUCAGGAAGAAUCCUCCAGUCGAGGAGGAGGAUCAGACUGUGAGCAGCUGGGUCCGGCACCAGGCCCCCAGAGGCCCCCAGCCUUCCCCUACCAGUACCCUAUCCCCCACCCCUACAGCUCGCCCCCCCCCCUCCACCAGCUGCCGGCCUGGGGGGGAGGAAGUCAGCCCAGUGAAGGAAGUCACAGCGGCGGAUCUAACCACAGCGACGUUCAGAAGCAGCGAGGACGCGGGGGCCAAUCAGAGACGAGCAAACAGGAGCCUGGCAAUCAGCUGGUGGAGCCCCCUGGAGACCACGGCGUCCGGAGACCGCCGACCUCCUGCUCUGGUCUCCACGGUAACAAAGACUCCAGGGACCUCCUGCCUGCUCCGUCGCCCCGAGGUCGGCAGUCCUUCUGUCUCGCCGUGGGGAACCCCGGGGACUUCUUUGUGGACGUCAUGUGA